UAAAUGUCACCUCUGUCAAAAAUAAACUUAAAUUUUCUUUCAAAAAUGAAAAAUAAUUUUUUCUCUGUGAAAAAUCAAUGAUAAAAUAAUUGUUUAUUUAUUUUUAUUAUUAAACACUGAAGUAAGUGAGUUUAUUUCUUUUUGGUCAUUAUGGAAAAAAAUAUUUCUGCUACGUAUUAAUUUUGUCGCGACUGGGAAAAUGAUAUUUUACAUACUCUAGUAAUUAUAUUAUUUUGUUUUUGUGUCAAUUGAUUGAUAUUGUUUAAUUAAUCGCAGAAAAAUGGCCAGUGUCAUGGAACAAUCAUCUCCACUUUCAAGUUAUGUGGGAAGAUCUGCGACCCGUCAAGGAAGUGUCAUAGACCUGGACAUUGACAUGUUCCUGAAAAUAUCAAAUUACGAGGAUACUGUUCGACAACUCGACAUUUAUUAUGGAAUUGUAAAAAGGCAAAUUUUGCAAUAUCAGAGCAGUAUAACGGGUCUUUUUCCACAAAUUUCAAGUGACAAAGUCGUGGGAAGUGUGAGAGAGAGUAUUUAUUGUGCGGCUGCAAUUUGGAGUUUGUAUCAAGCUUAUAGACGGAUCGAUGAUGAUCGGGGCAAAUCUCACGAAUUAGGACAAUCGACAGUAAAAUGUAUGCGUGGAAUUUUGGAAUGUUGGAUGAAGCAGGCGAGCAGAAUUGAAUUAUUUAAACGCAAUCAAUGCGAUCGUUUUUCUCUUCAUUGUAAAUUUCAUCUUGACACUGGAAGUGAAAUUUUUAAAGACGAAGACUAUUAUCAUCUUCAGAUUGACGUCGUUUCGUUGUAUUUGAUUUUCCUGGUUCAAAUGAUCACCUCGGGUUUGCAAAUAAUUUACACGCAAGAUGAAGUGGCCUUUAUACAGAAUUUGGUUUAUUACGUGGAGCGUGCAUACAGAACGCCAGAUUAUGGAAUGUGGGAAAGAGGAAGUCGCUACAAUGACGGAACGCCGGAAAUUCACGCGAGUUCCAUUGGAAUGGCAAAAAGUGCCCUGGAGGCGAUAAACGGUUGCAAUCUUUUCGGCGAAAAGGGAGCUUCCUGGUCUGUUAUUUAUGUCGAUAUCGAUGCCCACAAUCGUAAUCGCAGUAUUUUCGAAACAAUGUUGCCGAGGGAAUCGAGCUCAAAGAGUGUCGAUACGGCAUUACUGCCGACAAUUUCGUUUCCCGCUUUUGCGACUCAUGAGGAAGUAUUGUACACCGAGACGAAAGCAAAUAUUGUCAGGAGAUUGAAAGGAGUUUACGGAUUCAAAAGGUUCGGAAGAGAUGGUUUUAAAACUGUUCUUGAGGAUCCAAAUCGACGUUAUUAUCGACCUGGUGAAAUAAAAGAAUUCGAUAAUGUCGAAUGUGAGUGGCCGUUAUUUUACAUUUUCAUGAUAAUCGACGGCGUUUUCAAAUCAUUUCCAGAACAAGUGGAGGAGUAUCAAAAUUUACUGAAAGCCCGAUUGCACAAGGAUAUAAACGGAGAUCCGAUAAUUCCGAUGUAUUUUUACGUUCCUGAGGAGAAUCUCGAGGCGGAGAAAAAUGAACCGGGCAGUACGAUGCGAAUACCUAGCGAGGAAGUUAAAAGACAUCGAAGAAAUUCAAUGGAAUAUGAUGGACCUCAUAUUUACUUGUGGAAUCAAGCAAUGUUUGUUAUUGCUCAAUUAUUGACAGCUAGUCUUCUACAUAUCAAUGAAUUAGAUCCAAUUCGUCGUUAUCUUCCUUCUUAUAAUAGACCGAGACGAGCUGGACGAUACUCUGCUUUUCAGGCAAAGCCGAGCAGUGGAACACAUACGGAUCUGGUUGUGCAAAUUGUUUUGAUAGCCGAAAGCAUGAGGCUACAGGCAAUGAUGGCGACCUAUGGAAUUCAAACUCAAACGCCCCAUGAAGUUGAGCCGGUACAAAUUUUAUCCUCCUCUCAAUUGGUCAAAGUUUACGAGCAACUUGGAAUUAAUAGUAAAUUAAAUCUUCAAGGCCGACCUUCGCGACCAAUUGGCUCCCUCGGCACUAGCAAGAUAUACAGAGUCUGCGGAAUGACAGUUCUUUGCUAUCCGUUAAUUUUCGAAGUUUCGGAUUUUUACUUGUAUCGGGAUAUGGCUCUAUUAAUUGACGAUAUCAAAACAGAAUUGCAAUUUGUUGGGAAAUAUUGGCGACUUUCUGGAAGACCAACAGUUUGUCUGCUGAUCAGAGAGGAGCAUAUGAGAGAUCCGCAAUUUAAGGAAAUGUUGGAUUUAUUUGCCAUGUUGAAAAAAGGCUACUGUGAUGGAAUAAAAGUUCGUAUUGGAAGAUUGCAAAAUCUCAUUUCCUCCUCGUGUAUCGAGCAUUUGGAUUUUUUGAGUAAUUUAGAUAUUGACAUUGAUUUGAAUCCGUUUAAACAAUUGGAGCACGAUUAUAUUGGUUAUCAAAGUCUUACAGACGUUCCAAGAGCUUUAUCCUACGCAGAAGAAAUUAAAGAUUAUAAACACUUUAUGACUCAACCCCUGUACAGUGUUUUGGAUGAAAUUCGUAACUCUGAAAGUCUCUACGCAAAAUGUCAACUUUAUGAAAUUUUAUUGAAGCGAGAAGGCAUAAAUUAUGAAUUUAACGGAAAAACAGUUGGCGAUCAUUUAAGAUCUUUGUAUCAACAAGCUGGUGGAUUAAGGUACUGGAUGGUGGUUCGAUAUUGUAGCAGUUUAUUAAAUCAUACAGUCGAUAGUAUCAGUCCUUUUAUAACAGGAGUAUUAGUCAAAGGAAAACAGUUAACAGUUGGUGUCAUUGGACAUGAGGAAACUGUUUUUGAUAAACCGAUGACUCCAGCGGAAAUUCAAUCAGUUGUUUAUUCAACAAUUCAACCUCACAAUGUCGUACAAGCUGUUCUUCAACAAGAAAUUCUCCUCUAUUGUGGACGAUUAAUUGGAACUAAUCCUGAAAUGUUUAAAGGAAUUCUGAAAAUUCGAAUCGGAUGGGUUUUAGAAGCGAUGAAUCUUUAUCUUAAAAUGACAAAAAAGAAUCCAAAACCAAUUGAAAAUUACAGUCCCUAUGAAAUUCGACAAUUUCUCAUAAAAGUUCUCACUGUGAAAGAUUGGGCCACAGCGGAAAAUUUAUCAGUAUUGGAGAGAAGAAAAAUAGAAGGAAGUUUGUGCCGAGUUCCAGUACAUUUUUACAAUCAAGUUUGGGAAGUUUUACUGCGUUGCCCUGGAGGAAUUUGUGUUAAUGGUCGUGAAUUACCUCAGCAACCAACUUUAUCGAAUAUGACAAGAUCAGAAUUAACUUUUGCACUUUUAGUCGAAUCUAUUCUUCAUCAUAUUCAAUUAGCGGAAUUCCGGCAAAUUGUCGUCGAGUUAUUGAAUAUAGUCUCAACAAUUCUACUGAGAAAUCCGGAAUUAACUUUCAAGAGACAAUUGGAUUUGAAUAAACUUGUUGAUGAUGGUUUCGACAUUUUUUGCAAGGAUCACAAUUUGGUAAAAUCAACCGAUAUGUCCGCUUUCUUUUCCGCUCAUUAUUCUUUGACAACUGGAUGUCUUGCCAGGGCGGUUGUCAAUAACGUCCUCACCAGAGGCUGUGUAACAACGGAUAUUGAUUUAGAUGUUGAGAACAAUGAAAUGUGUAAAGUCACAUAAUAUUUUUAUAGUCAUUUUUUAAUUCAUCUUCUGAGUGCCAAUUUAAAAGAAAAAUAUUUGCCAUAUUUAAUUCAGUGUGAAUAUUUUUUUUAAACAAUUAAAUACUUUUAAUUGUUAAAAUAAUAAUUAAUUAUUAAAUAAUAAAAAAUUUGAUUUAAUAUGAAUUUUAAUGAGAAAAAAGAAUCUAGCAAACAGAUUUUAUAUUCGAUAAACAUAUUUUUUAAUAUGUUAGCAAAAAUAAAAAUUUAAUUUGUAUAUUUAUCAUGUAAUUUGAAAAUGAAAUUAAUAUUACUUUUUUGAAAGUUGAGAUUUAAAUUUAGAAUUUUUCGAAAUUUCGAAAUUCGAAAUUUUUAAUAUUAAAUUAAAAGAGAUUAGUGAGCCUUAAAAUGAUAUACAUUAUUGUUACUUGUUAUUACUGUUUACUUUGUAAAUAAAAACUAUUUCUCUAAAUUUUA